AACCCAGUGUGGCGUGAUGGGGGAGGAGCGCCGUGCCCGGCGAAUCCCGAGCGGAGGAGCGCGCGGCUGCGUACCGGGUCGCCGCGCAGGCGCGCUGCCCUCUGCCGGCUCCUGAAGGCAGUGCAGGCGCGGCUCAGAAAUGGCAAAAAGUCUUUUGACUACGUCUCUGUCUGCAAGGACGAAACUGUUACAAACGGGGGUGUCGCUUUAUAACACAUCCCAUGGCUUCCACGAGGAGGAAGUGAAAAAGAUACUGGCGCAGUUUCCUGGCGGCUCCGUUGACCUCCAGAAGAAGCAGAAUGGCAUUGGCAUUCUCACUCUGAACAACCCCAAUAAAAUGAAUGCCUUCUCAGGUGUCAUGAUGCUACAACUUUUGGAAAGAGUAAUUGAACUGGAAAAUUGGACAGAAGGGAAAGGCCUCAUUGUCCAUGGGGCAAAAAAUACUUUUUGCUCAGGAUCUGAUCUGAAUGCUGUGAAAGCACUCUCCACUCCAGAGAACGGAGUGGCCUUAUCUAUGUUCAUGCAGAACACCUUAACAAGAUUUAUGAGACUACCAUUAAUAAGCGUUGCUCUGGUUCAAGGCUGGGCAAUGGGCGGAGGAGCAGAAUUUACCACAGCGUGUGAUUUCAGGUUAAUGACUGCGGAGAGUGUGAUCAGAUUUGUCCACAAGGAGAUGGGUAUAGUUCCAAGCUGGGGUGGUGCCAGCCGGCUGGUUGAAAUCAUUGGCAGCAGACAAGCUCUCAAAGUGUUAAGUGGGACCCUCAAACUGGACUCCCAGAAAGCUGUAAAUCUAGGCUUGGCUGAUGAGGUCUUACAGUCUACUGAUGAAGCUAAGGCUCUCGAAGAGGCCCAAGAGUGGCUAGAGCAAUUUGUCAGUGGGCCUCCAGAAGUCAUUAGAGGGUUAAAAAAGUCUGUCUGUUCAGGCAGAGAGCUGCACUUAGAGGAAGCUCUACAGAAUGAAAGGGAUGUUUUAGGAACACUGUGGGGUGGCCCUGCAAACUUAGACGCUAUUGCUAAGAGAGGGAAACAUACUAAAUAGUUUCUAAGAUGUGGGUGUACUACAAGUUGAAGCUGCAGUGAGAACAUGGGUGGAAGUAACAUGACGUUUAAAAUGAGCAGCAGAACGCUUUUGACGCUGACUGCUAAUAUGUUUAUUUGGUCUGGGUGGUGUUUUCUAUAUCUCAAUUUGUUUGUUUUUCUUUUUUUAACAUUCGCUUAAAUCAUUUUUUACCAAUUUGUACAUUCCUAUAGUAAUUCUUAUCCUAGAACCAAGGAUCAAUUUUCAAACAGAAAGCCUAACCUUGGGCUUAUCCUUGAUGACAUACUUAACUCAUUUAAAUGCCUGUUAUGUAGCCAGGGUGGUCUUGAAUUUCUAAUUCCUCUGCCACCACCUCCCAAAUGCUAGUAUAUAGUAUUGUGUCUCACCAUUUUGAUUUUUCUUAAAGUUGCUUUAAUUUACAAAAGCAAAAUAAAAAGAUCUCAGUAAAGUUUUCAUAUGAAGCAAACAUCAGGGAGGAAUAGAGGUGUGUAAGAAAUAGCAGUCAUUUGUUCUGCUCUGUAGACUUAGGGUACUGGUGGGAAAUGCCCUUCAUUGAAAAAAAAAGUACAUUUUUUGCUGAGUUUGGAGCUUUAGUUGGUCUUUUUUUUAACCAUAUUUCAAAUAACCCAAUGAACAGUGAAAGCCAGUACACAGAGCAAGCACUCACUGGCUGUACAAAGUAGCUUUGCACUGUUCUCUGGACUUCUUCAGCCAAUGGUAAAACAAUACUGUCGAUGAGGUUUAUAACUGAAACUAUUAAAGAUCUAUGAAACAUCCUUACACACUAACUUUCAUUUUUUGCCAGAUUUAUUUCUUGAAUAACAUUUAAUUCUUGUGUGGCUAUCUUUUAAUACUAAAUUUAAUAAAAACAUGUAAUCGAA